AUGUUCAGUGGCAAGACGGAGGUGCUCACUGAUAAGGAAGGUUGGAUUUUAAUAGAUCGCUGUGGGAAACACUUUGGUUCGAUUCUCAGCUAUCUCCGUGAUGGAUUUGUGACCUUGCCCAAGAGCAGACAGGUUAACAUGGAGGUCCUAGCAGAAGCCAAGUAUUACCAGAUCCAGGGGUUGAUAGACGUUUGCCAGAGAGCCCUGCAGGAAAAUGAAGAAAAGGCUUUGUGUGUUAUCCCGGUCAUAACAUCUCCUAAAGAGGAGGAGAGACUGAUACAAGGCUGUGUAAGGCCUGUUGUAAAACUGCUUUACAACCGAGGUAACAACAAAUAUUCCUAUACAAGCAACUCGGAUGACCACCUACUCAAGAAUAUCGAGCUGUUUGAGGAGCUGUCUCUGAGCUACAGCAGUCGUGUGCUCUUCAUUAAAGAGGUCAUUGGAGAUGAGAUCUGCUGCUGGUCCUUUUACGGACAGAGGCGCAAGCUAGCAGAAGUCUGCUACACAUCCAUUGUUUAUGCUACUGAGAAAAAGCAGACAAAAGUUGAGUUUCCAGAAGCACGGAUCUACGAGGAGAUGCUAAAUGCCCUGCUGUAUGAGACUCUCCCAGUCCCAGAUAACUCUCUGUUGGAGGCCACUCGCAGACGGAACAAUUGUUGCUCACACAGCGAAGAGGAGGAAGCCGUGGAGCUGAGGGAGCGUGUGCAACGCAUCCACAUUAAAAGAUACAGCACUUAUGACGACAGACCACUUGGACAUUAGCCUAACUGUGAAUUGAGGCUUCCAGGACAUUUUAUAUUUAUCCUUUCAACUAGUGCUUCUGUUUUCACAUUGUCUGUGGAGAACACUAAUCUACCAGCACCGUUUAACCACUUUGUAGUUCGCUGCCUGAACCGAUGCUACUUUGUGAUUUUUAUUUUUUUGUAGGUGGCUUGACAAUCGAUGUUUUGGAUGAAAUGCUACUUGAAAAUUGAUGUCAUCAUCACAGAAAGCUGAUAAUGAAUUCGCAUUAGUGCUUUUAAAUUUUAAAUUAUUUACCAUAUUAUUUUGUUGUUUUUAUUUUUUUUUUUUUAGAAAACACUUUUUUAAAAUAGUAGUUACUCAUCUAAUCAUAGCAUGUUUUGAUAACAUCUUCGCCAAGAUGAAUUUGCCAAAUACAUCACUGCUACAUACAGGAUCAUAUACUCCGGUACAA